AACACAUAACCGCUAAAACAAACCGGAAGGAAGCACCGAUUUGUUCACUUCUUAUAACAAUCUAACUUCAUCCCGUCUCGAUAAUCUGCUCUUCAGUUCGCCAUACGAUCAUUCGGUGGUGAACUGCUUCCCGUACAAAUGUCUUCGCUUGCGUCCUUUGCUGCCGUUUCUGCUCCUCUAUCGUCUCUCAAUAAGAGACUUGCGAUUCCGACUCGAUUCAGUUCAUGUCUUCCGUAUCCUUUACCAAUUCGUGGGUGUAGGUUCAGUAUCAGAUGCAGUUAUGCUGAAGCUAGCAUAAAGGAGGACUUUCCUUCUGCUCCAAUAGAUGUCGUGGCUGAUGUGAAGACUGAACGGAUUGUAGUCUUGGGAGGCAGUGGUUUUGUUGGUUCUGCGAUAUGCAAGGCUGCAGUUUCCAAGGGCAUAGAUGUUGUAAGUGUAAGCAGGUCAGGGCGGCCUUCUUCCUCCAAUUCCUGGGUUGACCAGGUCACAUGGAUAGCAGGAGAUGUUUUCUAUGUGAAUUGGGAUGAAAUACUGGUUGGGGCUACUGCAGUUGUUUCAACUCUGGGGGGCUUUGGUAACGAGGAGCAAAUGAUAAGGAUAAAUGGAGAGGCUAACAUUUUGGCAGUGGGUGUUGCAAAGGAAUUUGGAGUUCCCAAAUUUAUCUUGAUCUCUGUUCACGAUUAUAAUCUACCUUCAUUUCUACUUUCCUCUGGAUACUUCACCGGAAAGAGGAAAGCAGAAUCAGAGGUUCUUUCCAAAUACCCAUACUCAGGUGUGGUGUUAAGACCAGGUUUCAUAUAUGGGAAACGGAAAGUUGAUGGCUUUGAGAUCCCACUUGAUCUCAUUGGGGAACCACUGGAGAGGUUUCUUCGUGCAACUGAAAACUUUACAAAACCAUUGAGCUCUCUUCCAGCAUCCGAUCUUCUCUUGGCGCCACCUGUUAGUGUUGAUGAUGUUGCACUUGCAGUGAUAAAUUCAGUCACAGAUGAUGAAUUCUUUGGUGUAUUCACUAUUGAUCAAAUCAAGGAAGCUGCAGCCAAAGUGCGGGUGUGAAAUUGUGUAAACUAGAACCACCUAUAUACAUCUUUACAUCUGUUGUCUUCUAAAAUGGAAUAAUGUCUCCAUUUUGAAUGAUAUGGAUGAAACAGUUUAGUGUAACCCUCUUUGCUGAGGUUUCUUUAAGGUACUUUCUGAAUCUUACAUGUAGCGAAACCAGGACCUGAAACCGGUACCAGUGAUAGAAUGGAGAAAAAGAGAGAAAUCUAAAAGAUUCGGUGUGUCCACAGUGGCCCUCUUGCUUUA